AUGGUAAUGGCACGUGCAUUUAAAAGCUGGAUUCUGUCUCUCUUUUUACCACUGAGAGAGCCGUGGAGUAGGGUACAAGAGAGGACUGAUAACAGAGAUUACGUGAUCAACGGAGGAGAAAGAGGUAUACCAGAAUUCACCCCACCAUGUAUGAUUGUGGCUAUGAGAGCUCCUCCCAUUGCCAAACUAGAGAAAAUCAGGAGCUUCUCUCUUGUUCCUGAAGUGUAUGGAGAUGGAGCUGAAGAUGUGCUAGCUCUAGAAUCAAAUGGAGACUACACCAAAGAAAUUGGUUACCUUAGGUUCUCUGAUUACAACAACAGCAUAAAAUGCAACAUUUCUUCAGAGAAUCUGUUCAACAAUGUGUGGUACCAAGCUGAAGAGAUAUUCUCAGUGGAUGGGGUUCCAGAACAAAGACAGCAUGCGUUCUGGGUUCCAGUCAACGACCACUACUUUACCACUGCAGAAAGAGUUGAGGUUUUGAGACUUGGUGGAUGCGCGAAUGCAACUUGCUUACCAAGACCACCGAUGGUGGUGAGAGUAGAAAGAGAGAUCAGCUCCAACAUCUUUGUGGACAACAGAGCUUAUCGUGAGUUGUUGAACGCCAAGUUCAAUGCAACAGCAAUCGACAUGGAGACGGCUGCAGUUGCCCUUGUCUGUCACCAACAAAACACGCCCUUCAUUGCAUUCAGAUCCUUGUCUGAUUUAGCCGUUGGGGUUUCUGCCUUGUCCAAUGAAGCCUCUGCGUUUGCCUCUUUGGCAGCUCAAAAUGCAGUUGAUGUUCUUAUUAGCUUCACUUCCUUGUUAUCUUCAUAAGCACAUGCCACCAGUUUCUUUCCAAGCCAUUUCUUUUGAAAUUUUUAAAUGAUAAAUUGAUUGCUAGUUU